CGAAGUCUCAGCAUGCACUCAACGACAACGCCGCUGAUGGAGAGUUCCUUCGACAUCUUGACCAAGGUCGGCGACGGAGCGUUUGGAGAAGUGUUCAAAGGUAUAGAUCGUCGGACAAACGAGAUAUGCGCCAUCAAGAUUGUCGACCUCGACGCUGCUGAAGACGAAAUCGACGACAUCCAGAAAGAAAUCGCAGUGCUAUCCCAGUGCUCGUGCGCCCAACUGACGAAAUACAUGGGCUCUUUCAUCAUCGGUACAAAACUUUGGAUCAUCAUGGAGUACUUGGCUGGCGGGUCGGUGCUCGACUUGAUGGCCCCUGGGUACGCUUGGAACAUUUAUGAGUGACUUGUUCUCCCACCAUGCUUUUCAUUCUUCCACUUAGGCCGUUGAAUGAAGUGUACAUUGCUAUCAUUCUGCACGAGCUGCUCAAGGGCUUGGCAUAUUUGCAUUCAGAGAAAAAGAUUCACCGCGACGUCAAGGCGGCAAACAUUUUGCUCGCUAGUGAUGGCAGAGUAAAGCUGGCUGACUUUGGGGUGACGGGGCAGUUGACUGACACCAUGACGAAGCGAAACACGGUGGUGGGCACUCCGUUCUGGAUGGCGCCAGAAGUGAUUCAGCAAAACAACUACGACUUCAAGGCAGACAUUUGGUCGGUCGGCAUCACGGCAAUUGAAAUGGCGCUGGGCUCACCUCCUCAUGCAUCGCUGCACCCGAUGAAAGUUCUCUUCGUCAUUCCCAAGAACCCCCCACCGAAGCUCGAGGGCGACUUCAGUGAUAAAUUCAAAGACUUUGUAGCGUGCUGCCUGAUCAAAGACGCCACAGCUCGACCGACGGCGCUCGAGCUGCUUCAACAUCCCUUCAUUAACUCGAAAUCGGACAAAGACAUCUCGUAUCUCACGGAACUCAUUGAGCGAGCCCAAAUUCAAAACGGCGACGCUCCCGUGGAAGCUAACUGCAGCAGCACUAAAGUCAAAAUGAUAUCAUCUUCCUCCACGCAAGAAAUGGAUGAUGCGAACUCUGACUGGGACUUUGGCGCGACCGUGAGAAUGAACAAGGACAUGGUGUCGCCGGAAAAGUCGACGGCUCGGAGGUAGACACCACGCUGUUGUCAUUCCAGCGAGAGAUCGACCCAUCGCAUUUCGUAGCGUGUUUGAAGAUGAGGCUAAAUUUUCACCACCGCCACCGUCGGAAGCAUUGACCGCCGACUUUGGCGAGAGUCUGUUUGAAGAUGUGCUGAAGCCCGCCGUGUUUGACACUGUCCAAGAGGCUGACGACGGCGAAACGCAAGACCAAUUGCUUGAACUCUUGCACACGUUGGAGUCGCUGAGCUUUGACCAACCCCACGUCCUGGCCAAGGUCCUUCAGCGAAUAAAUGGCGCUUUGAUCACCCACCCCGACACCCGACUUCAACAAUUGCAUCACGAAUAAGAGAAAGCCGUCAAGCGUUGGGGUAUUACUUCCACAUCCUCUUCAACGGUGGCGACUGUUUAUUGCCGUUGGAAACUUGGUUGUCUUCUCGCGGG